AUGUGGAGAGUGGAGCCUCGGUGCCACAGGCCCAGAGUAAAUAAUGUCAGCAAAGCCCUGACCCAACACAACAUUGCCUUAUUGAUCCCCACAGUGAUUUUCCAGAGCUGCCUUUCCUCCCUCAGUCAGAGCAGCAGCUUUGUCCAGAGCUGCAGCUUUGUCCAGAGCUGCAGCUUUGUCCAGAGCUGCAGCUUUGUCCAGAGCUGCAGCUUUGUCCAGAGCAGCAGAGACUUCGGGAGAGUCUCGUACAUGAAUGUGAAAUAG